GUGAGCGAAUGCCACGUAUCUUUGAAGCCGGCAGUGUUGUGAUCAGAUGCAAUCCUCAGUACGAAUUUUAAUAUCGGCAUGCUUCCAUUAACCAGCAAAGACGGUUUUAAAAGUGACGAUUUCAAACCAGGAGUGAAGCUUAAAUCGCGUUUGUUUGAAUGGAUAAAGGCCAUACUCUCAAGCGAGGGCUCGAGAAAUCUGUUCUUCUUCCUUCUUCUUAACCUAUCGUUUGCGUUUGUGGAAUUGACCUACGGGAUAUGGACGAAUAGUCUUGGUCUGAUCUCAGAUUCAUUUCAUAUGUUCUUCGAUUGUACUGCACUCUUGGCGGGGCUCAUAGCAUCAGUGAUCGCAAAAUGGGGAAAAAAUGAAAGAUUUUCCUAUGGGUAUGGACGAGCUGAAGUGCUGGCUGGUUUUGUGAAUGGAUUAUUUUUGGUGUUUAUUGCAUUCUUUAUUUUAUCUGAAGCUGUAGAGAGAGCUCUUCACCCUCCAGAGGUUAAACAUGAGAGGCUGUUUGUUGUUUCAGUUCUAGGAUUUUUUGUUAAUCUAGUUGGUAUUUUUGUCUUUCAUCAUGGAGGUGCAGCAGGGCAUGGACAUUCACAUGGUGGAGGGCAUGGACAUUCACAUGGCGGUGGGCAUGGACAUUCACAUGGCGGUGGCCAUGAACAUGGACACAGUCAUGGCCAUGGACACUCUCAUGGCCAUUCACAUGGACACUCCCACAUGAAUGGUGGACAUAACCAUUCACAUGAUUCAGGUUGUUCAGACAAGGAAGGAAAAGUGGAAGUUUCCCAAAGUAAAAUAAUGGAAGGAGUUUUCCUUCAUGUAUUAGCAGACACAUUAGGAAGUGUAGGUGUAAUUAUAUCAGCUGGACUUAUAUAUCAGUUUGGAUGGAUGUUGGCUGAUCCCAUAUGUUCCAUGUUUAUUUCAGUUCUUAUUUUCUUCAGUGUAAUCCCUCUAUUGAAAGAUUCUGUCGGAAUAUUAAUGCAGAGAAUCCCAGUUGGUUUGGAAAAGAAUGUCCAUAUUGCUUACCAAAGGGUGAAUCAAAUGGAUGAUGUGUUUAGCAUUCAAGAUCCUCAUUUCUGGGCACUUAGCAG